AUGUCUUUGUGGUUAAUUAAGAUCAAUAAGUUCCAUUCAGGGAAUAUUAGCCAAUGGUCAAGAAAUCGCAGCAAAGCGGCUCUCAAAAAUGUCCGGACACGAAAUUGAACAAUUCAAAAAUGAAGUUCUAUUGAUCUCCAAAUUGCAGCAUAGGAAUCUUGUUAGACUUUUGGGAUGUUGUAUUCAAGGAGAUGAGAGGAUAUUAAUAUAUGAGUACCUUCCAAAUAAAAGUUUGGAUUCAAUUCUUUUUGAUGCAAGAAAGAAAGUUUGUCUUGAUUGGGGAAAGCGUACAUCCAUAAUUGAUGGGAUUGCUCAAGGGCUUUUGUAUCUCCAUAAAUAUUCAAGACUAAGGAUUAUACAUAGAGAUUUGAAAACAAGUAACAUAUUGUUAGAUGUUCUCAUGCAUCCCAAGAUUUCUGAUUUUGGAACUGCCAGAAUAUUUAAAGAUAGUGAUUCUCGAGCAAGCACAAAAAGCAUUAUUGGGACCUAUGGUUAUAUGUCUCCGGAAUAUGCCAUGGAUGGUUGCUUCUCGGAGAAGUCAGAUGUUUUUAGCUUUGGAGUCAUGAUAAUGGAGAUUGUAAGUGGAAAGAGAAACAAUGACUUCUACAAUCCAGAUCUUGUCUCAAAUUUACUAGGUUAUGCUUGGGAUUUGUGGAUUGAAGGAAAAGUUCCAGAUCUAAUAGAUCGAACAAUGGACAAAAUGAUUUCAGUUAUUGAAGCAACAAGAUAUAUCCAAGUAGGUUUGCUAUGCGUUCAAGAUAGUGCAAUGGAUAGACCAAAUAUGACAGAUGUGGUAUUCAUGCUUGGUAAUGAAUCAACAAUCUUACCCAUUCCUAAGCAACCUGGUUUCUCUGCCACCAUUGGCUUAAAAUGUGGUGAUGUUGCUAAUAAUUCAAAACCUUGCUCUGUUAAUGGUGUCACAAUUACAGAGAUCGAAGGUCGAUAG